AUGGUCUCCAAAAUUCUAUGCGUUGCAGAGAAACCUGCAAUCGCUAAAGGGCAAACUAAUAUUGUUCUCUACAAGUCUGGAAUUGAAGGCAAUCAAUAUGUCAAAAACUACGAAUUUGAUUUCACAUUCGGGCCCCCGUGGGGUAGCUGCUCCGUUGUUAUGACCAGUGUCCUAGGACAUUUAACAGCUUCAGACUUUGAACCCAGAUAUAGAAACUGGAAUUCUUGCAACCCCUCUCAACUCUUUGCCGCGAAUGUUAUAAUUGCAGUUGAUAAAGAAAAACUCGGCAUAGCUCGGAAUAUCAAGAGACAAGCCAGAGAUUCCAGAGCUCUCUUUAUAUGGACUGACUGUGAUAGAGAAGGAGAGCACAUAGGCUCUGAAGUCCGAGACCAGGCUGUGCUUGGUAACCCAAGCAUUGAAAUCAAAAGGGCAAGAUUCAGCAAUACCGAACGAACGCAUGUGUUAGAAGCUGCUCGGAGACCAACUGGGCUUGAUGAACGCCAAGUGGAUGCUGUGGCUGCUAGAAUUGAGCUAGAUCUGCGCAUCGGAGCAGCUUUCACGAGACUUCAAACGCUUCAGCUUCAGACACUGGGAGGUGCAUUGGCUGAAAAGAUAAUCAGUUACGGGUCAUGUCAGUUUCCAACUCUGGGAUUUGUUGUGGAUAGGUAUAUGAGAGUUAAGAACUUCAAACCAGAGGCCUUUUGGUCCAUCAAAGUUUCACAUACCCGUGAUGGUAUUACAGUGAACUUCAAUUGGCAACGUGGGCAUCUUUUUGACCGAGCCGCAGUGGUAGUCCUCUUUGAGCGAUGCCUGGCAGCCAAAAUAGCCACUGUUACUAAAGUUAACAAAAAACCGACCAGCAAAUGGAGACCACUUCCUUUAACUACCGUUGACCUCCAAAUGAUGGGAAGUAAAUACUUGAGAAUUGAUAGUCAAGCAAUUAUGAAGUUUGAUAACGAGAUUGACUUGAAAAAACUUGUCGAGAAACAAUACCCAAGUGAAGCAUGGGGCGAAUACGCAAGAGGGUCAGUGUUCUCCACAAACACCAUUCUAGCAGAGUUCCACACUAACCCCUCGCGCUGCGGUGGCUUCAAACAACCUCGUCGGGGUCGAAACAAUGAUAAAGCCCAUCCACCAAUUCACCCAGUGGCCUAUGUUUCUCCAACGGUGCUCAAUGCCAAUGAGGAAAAAGUAUAUGAGUUUGUAACCCGGAGAUUUUUAGCCUGCUGCUCUGAGGAUGCGGAAGGCGAGUCGACGGACAUUGAAAUACAAUAUGGGGAUGAAGAGUUUCAUACUCGGGGCCUCGUCGUCUUAGAACGAAACUAUCUGGACGUCUAUGUGUAUGACAAAUGGGAGAGCAGCCAACCGCUACCGAAUUUUGUUCUGAACGAAUCCUUUGAGCCAAAAGAAGCGAAUAUUACAGAAGGGAAAACGGUUGCCCCCGGAUAUCUUACCGAGCCGGAACUCAUUGGGCUCAUGGAUGCGAAUGGAAUUGGUACCGACGCUACUAUGGCUGAGCAUAUAUCAAAAAUCAAGGCCAGAGAAUAUGUUGCAACUCGCCCUCGCGGUGGUGGCAGAGGAUCUGGCGGAAGGGUAGAUGAAUUUAUCCCUACGAAGCUUGGGGUUGCUCUUGUUGAAGGAUAUGACAAUGUGGUUGCUGGCUUGCCUGAUUGCCCUAGCCUCACGAAGCCAUUCCUUCGAAAAGAAAUGGAACUGCGAAUGGGAGAUAUAUGUUCUGGGACCAAAACGAAAGCAGAGGUAGUAAGACAGAACGUGGGUAUGUACAGCGAAGUAUUCACCCACACGCAACAGCGCAUUGAGUUGCUUAAGGUGGCAUGUAGAAAAUAUGUUUUUGAUUCUGAAAACUAG